GUUCCUCCAUUCUGUCUCUCAUCAGACUGUUCACAGCUCCCAGAUAUUCCUCACGCCCAUGUCUCAGACAACACCAAAAAAGAUGAAUAUCAGCAAGGAAAUGUGAUUCGCUUUACUUGUGAAACAGGAUAUAUAUCAGGUCCCCCCAUCAGAUAUGUGUGCUCAGAAGGCGGCUGGAUAGCAGUCCAUGAAGGAACCUGCUACUUAAAGCCAUGUGAACUUCCUGAUGAUACUCCCAACGGCUACUAUGAAAUAAUCAAGGGUGAAGACUUUGUUUUUGGAACAACGAUCAAAUACUUUUGUAAUAGAGGGUAUCAGAUGGUGAGCAAGGAUGACACAAGGACAUGUUUGCUGGACAGAUGGACCAAUCACGUGCCAAUAUGUGAGACAAGGGAGGGCUGUGGGAGACCACCACCCCUUGCAAAUGGAGACACCAAGAACAGUGUCGGCUCUGAGUACAGACACAACGACAGGGUUGAGUAUGGCUGUCAGAGUUCAUAUACCAUGAAUGGCGAACCUUAUAAAACCUGCAACAAUGGUGAAUGGACUGGACAGAUGAAAUGCCUCAGGCCCUGCACUGUGACCAGAGAAAUCAUGAAUAGAUACAAUAUUCACUUCAGUUACUCUAAUGAAGAGAAGCUGUAUGCACGUCAUGAUGAGGUACUAACAUUCAGUUGUAACUAUGGAAGACGACGUGUCGAUUCACUGAGUAUGCGUCAAGUUUGUAAUGAUGGUGUUAUGCAACUUCCCUCCUGCCAAAAUCAGAAAAACUUGAUAGUGCCCAUAGGCUGCCUCAGGCCACUGCCGCUUGCCGAUGGAGAUGUGAAGGAAAGCUUGAAACCUCUGUACAGGCACAAUGAAAGAGUUGAGUACGUAUGUCAGAGAUUUUACACCAUGGACGGGAAUCCUUACAGAACCUGCAACAACGGAGAAUGGACUGGAAAUAUGAGAUGCCUCAAACCGUGCACUGUGGCCGGAGAAAGCUUGAGCAAACAUAACAUUCGCUUCAGAUACAGCACUCAGGAUAAGCUGUAUUUAAGCCAUAAUGAUGUGGUAACGUUCAGUUGUACUGUAGGAAGAAGACCCGGCGCCUCAAUGAACAUGCGUCCAGCUUGUAAUGACGGUGUGAUUGACCUUCCCUCUUGCCAGUAA